AUGAAGGAAUUUGUUAGUAGUCCAGGCGACGAGUUUUCCUCCACACGGCAAGCCCCUACCAACGUUCCUCGUACGCCAGCUGUACCUGGAUCUCCACCACCUCCCACUCUCAGCUACGUUCCUCCAUUUCUACACCCAUCACCUUCAACCCCAUUUCCAUACCCAAUAUUCCCUCCAACGCUCGGUAUACCUACUCUUUCCAGUACGGCUAUGGACGAAGACACUGAAGGGAGCGGUGUAGGCCCGUCUAGACUAUGCGAGCCUUUAUUCAUGGCUCCAACGUUGUCGUUACUUCCUCGUCUCCAUGCUCCCGUUCAACCCCAUUCACCUGUGCCCCAAGAAGACAAACAGAUAUGGGGUCCCAAGACUCGUCUCUCAGCACGUCAAAAACACCCUACGCUCAAUCUAAACCUCGAUUUGGGGCCGUUGAUAGGUACGAAACACGGGUUUCGUGCUCGUGAACGGGCACCUGGUUCUGGUGGAUUAGCUGGGUGUGAGAUGUGGCCUGGUGAAGAUCCGUUGGAGGACUUUAGGAAAGCGAAGGAGAGUACGCCACCUCCUACAGAGGAUGAGGCUGAAACGGGCAGUAGGCAAAAACGGGAUUUGAGAGGGUUAUGA